UGUGGGCGCUGCAGGCACCGGAGCGAUUUGUGAGCGCCGGCCGAGGGCUGAGGGCCUCGCGCAGCUGCUGCUCAGAGAAAAGGCUUUACAGAGACAUGGAGCUUGAAAGAAUCAUUCGAGACACACUGACAUGUUUCAUCCAGUCCCGCAUCCCUGCUGCAGACCUCAGUGGGAUGGAUGAUGUUUUCUUUUCUUACAUCACGGGUGUCCUGGAAGAGCUGGGCUCACCAGAGUCCUCUGAGGAGACCUUUGACAUGGACACCUUCAUAGAAAUGAUGGAGGCUUACAUUCCUGGCUUUGCAGAGAUCCCCAGUGGGGAUGUUUGUGAAAUGAUGUUCUCUCUCUCAGAAAGGCUUGGUGAAGCACGCAACAAAGAAAAACCUGGCCAAAAGGCUGCGGAAGGCAGGAGUGAAGCACCCUCUGAAGACCUGACCAAGGGCCAGGAGCCUGGAGCCGGAGCCUGCAAUGGGGAAAGGCUGUGCACUCCAACAGAUGGAGCUGAGGCCCAGGAAGGCGAUGACUUGAAGGAUGGCACAGAGCUGCUACUGGAGAUGUUCCCUGCCUGUACUGUGAGCCAGGCAGAGAAGGCAUUAGCCAUGGCCCUGGGGAACUUGGAGGAGGCAGUACAGUUAAUUGUGGAAGAGAAGGUGGAAAUUGGCCCAGCAGGUGCAAGCGUGAAGGAACUGGCACGGCCCCGCAGAGCACCCAACCAUGAGGAACUGAAGCAGGUUAUCUUACAGAAAUACAUGAUGGUGGAUAGUGCAGAAGAUCAGAAAACACAUCGGCCAGCUCCACCAAAAGAGGCUCCCAAGAAGCUGAUCCGCUAUAUCGAUAACCAGGUGGUGAGUACAAAGGGAGAGAGGUUCAAAGACAUCAAGAAGCCAGAGAGCGAGGAGAUGAAGAAAACUUACAUCAGCCUCAAACCAGCCAGGAAGUACAAGUUCCACUGACAGCCACGUCUUCCUGCUCUUCAGCCUCCACCUCGCUGGCCAGGCGUGGGAGGAAGGACGUGUGGCGCUAGGUUUGAGAGGGGACUCCUCCACCCCACCCACCACUAACUGGAACUAACCUGGGAGCCAGGACACUGCUUUCAGCUUCCUGAACUAACCCAGCUGACAAGGACAAGCCUCUCUGUGGGUAGCUGUCCUUCUGCCCCCAGGGGCACACCACAGCAGCUAGCGGGGGCCUGGGCAUUCUCUGCUAUUCCUUGCAUGGGAUGUUCUUAGAUCUAAGAUGUGGCUUGUGGUUUUGCAGCAAGCUUUUUAGAAGUCUGUGUGCACUGUUGCUUUGAGUGCAAGUGUCAAUAAAAAUGAUGCGAAUUGGUGUGUAAUUCAGCUGCACGUGCUUCAUAGACAGUGCCUCUAAUCCCUCCCGGGGCAAAAGACAGGAACUGGGCUCUCCCUGCCAAGACAACCUGCAGCACUCAA